UGUGACCUGGCAUUAGGCUACUCUUGGCCCUCUGGCUAUACGUAUCAGGACGAUCGUCUGCUUCCGACCGCGGCUGACCACAGGUGCAUGAUGGAUGCCUCUCCUGGACUGUCCCCCAGAUUCCUCAGAUUGAGGAGGGUAGGAAUGAACUCAGCAUCUUUCUAUACUUUGAAGAGGUAUAGAAAAUAUGAGGACGAAGGUAAAAAUUACCCCGAAAUCCAACUCUGCAGAGGUCCCGACGUCCCAGCUCUCAGCAUCUCUGACAACAACCGUGAAAGUCUCUCGGUGGUGCAGCAAGAUCCCAGGAAGGACUUCCCACUCGGUGAUUCUUCUUCCCUUCUGGUGGCUCUGCCCUGCCUACUUCCGGGAGAUGGGGACCUUUCAAGAGGCCUGGCCUGCCACGUGGCCCAUUUCUGUCCUGGUCGCUUCUUGGAACAGUGCAGUGUCGGAGUUGAAGUAACGGUUGUGCACUUGGCCGGGAGACCACGUCUGGACGGAGAAGCUAAAGACGACACCUAUCAUCAAAGCGACAUUCCAUGUUCCUCAAAGAUGAUGGCUUUUCAGUUCCCCACAGCUCAUGAAGAGGGCCCUUCACUGGACAACAGAUCUUUCUGGGCCACCUGUCAUGCCAGGGAUGAGACAUCUUCUAAAAUAGAGAUUUUUGGAGCUCUGAUCCCAACCCCCACCUUCCCAGUCCCUUUUGGAGUAGAUAGUUUCGGGACCUCAUCGAGCCUCUCCAUCUGGGACUAGACAAGGGCUAGGGGCACGAGUCAGUGUGGAGGGGGUCGGCAUCCAUCCUCAUCCUCAAAUCAUGUUUGGUGCAGAGAAAGGCAGCUGAGCGGGGUUGCGUGGCUGGGGUGCUAUACACAUUUACACUCUGGUUUCUCCACUCGGCUUGGGUCCCAGGGCCCCCCUUUGGGCGGGUGGCUGGCUGAGGCCUCCGAGGAGCUGAGUGGGUACAUAGUGUGGUUUGGGCGCAUUUCAGCAUGGCGGCGAGGGAGGGUGUGUGGAAGGCGAGUGGCCCUGGUGUCCUGGCCCUCCCCUCUAUCCUUUGAAAUCUACCGGCAUUCUGGUACUUCCUUUUGCUUGUUGCAUUACUUAGGGUAACGGGAGCGGCAAUAACAAAGAGACCCUCCAGUUUCAGAGCCUUCACACUGAUGCUUACGUCCUGUUCAGGUCCGUGGGUGACCAUCCUCAGGUGGUGAUGCAGGAACCCAGGCUCCUUCCAGCUGUGGCUAUGCCGUCCCCUAGGGCCUUGGCGAUCUCUGCACAGAAGCUGAGAGAAAGUGCAGCUUACGUUAGCCCGAAGUGACACCCACAUUUCAUUGACUGGACAGCGGAGAAAUAUAAUCCCAGUGAGAACUUCGUGCUGUGGCCGGGAGGGCGUGUGUGUUGAUGGGCAGUUAGUUUCUCAUUCACAGUCAUGGGGUAAACUUCCAAAGCUUGGAUUUCCUCAUCUGUAAACAAAAAUUGAACCCACGACCAAGAGACACCGUGAGGAUGAGAGCUAACGUGUGUGAUAUGGCUAAGCUAGACCCCGACUCGGACAGGGGUCUCCACCUGGGGCUGCGAGUACAGCCAGCAGGGGAGGGGCUGUCUCCUCAGCUGGAGCCAGGGGGGUCCAGGCUCAUGCGCACCCCAGCUACUGCAAGGGCUCCCUGUCCAUCCUGCGCUUCUGCACAAAGAGGUUUCAUACGUAGGACGGUCAUGCACUAUGCACUCUGGAUCAUGAUUAUUAGGUAAAUGUGAGCCUAUGUCAUAAUGAUGACUAGGUAAUGUGUAUAUUAUGUAUUGUGAUUAUUCUGUAAAUGCAAGUGAACGGCUCACUCUAACAUAUGUCCCAUGGACUGCUAUUCCCAGGGCAUUGACGUAGCUUUGGAAUAUUUUCCCAUCGUUUGCUAUCUUUCAAAAGGCUUUUGUCAUCAAAGCUGUAUAGAUCACUGCAAAAAUUGCCAACACACAGACAGCUAGAGAGUGGAGCUGAAAAGUUUCCUUCCCACACUUGGUGCCCCCUCUCCUACCACUGUUGGAUAAGCAACCAUCGUUAACACUUUCAGUAAAUCCUUCCAGAAAUACUCUGUGUUUAUAUGCAAGCAUAUUGAAAUCCUCUUUUUUUACACAAAAGCAAAUCAUGCUAAAAUGUUAUUCUGCAACUCCUUCUUCUUUUUCUGUUUCCAUGUCUGCUCUAACUCGCUGCUUUUAACAGCCACACGGUAUUCCAUCGUGGCACAAGCCACAGUUUAUUUAGCCAGGGAUGAGAGCUUUAUUGGUAAGUAAAAAGGCUUCAAACUCUUCUUUCCUCCAUGUGAGUUGAUGGCCAGCUCCCCAAGAUGACCUCCCCAGCAAAGUGCAGGUGCCUCGGAAAUCACAAUCCCAUAUGAGUGCCUCCAGGGUCCACGUGUCUCCUACCAGAGCAUCCCUCAACAGCCCAGGACAUGAAAAAGUGUGAUUCAAAAGCUCCUGCUUGUUCUCUCAGGGAUGAGGUCAUGGGGAGUUGGAAGAAGCUGUCAGAAGUCUGCAGGACCUCCUUCCCUGUGCCCAUAGCCUCAGGCUGGCUCAGAAGAGCAAAGCAGUCUUUGUUGUCCCCUCCAGGGCAAUGGGCACACUUGGUUCAACCGUCAGAGAUUAUGCCCAGAAAUGGUAGAUCAGAAAAGGAAUUCUCUUCUGUCACUCUGUUCAUUUGGAUUAAGACUUCUUCAUGUCGUAUGGCCCCCUGGGCAUUUAGAGAGCUUGGUGGUGCUGCAUUUAGUGAGGCUGUGAAAAUGACUGUGCCCCACGUCACUCGUCCGCACUGUGGGAACCCAUCUGGCUUCGGCCCUAGCAGAGCGUUUUCCUUCCUGUGCCACCCUCUGAUUUCUGUUUUCCCAUCUUUGCAGACCACCUAUACCAAUGUAUUUAGCAUUUAUAUAUUGGAACAAUUGCCCUUCUCACCUGUCUUAAUGCCCAAGCAACAUCUCGGAAUCAGGGGUUGGGUGUGUUCAGUUCUAUUUUUUUUGAAUAAAUGCAUCACGAUGAAUCAACUCUUUAAAAAAUCGAUCAUCUGUGUAUCUCCCAAUUGCACCCAAGUGACUCCCAUGUCUCUUCAAGGGAGAUGUAUCCCUUUGAACAAUUUAAGAGGAGACCCUUCCGAGAUCUUUGAAACAUGUAGGAUUUACGCAGCAGGAAGACAACGUCCGUUUAUUCUCCUGCAUCAGCACAGAAUGAUAUUUUUGGCCACAGUGAUCCUCAUGGAAUGUGUUUUGCUUUUUCUGGAAAGCAGAUAAAUGCCUCCCUUCCCAAUUACCACUGAGGAUAAGUAGUAAAGAGUGAGGGAGUGUCCAGGGACUCUGGCUCUGGCAGAUGUAGACAUCUCUUUAUUGCCUCGCAUGCACUGGGCCAGGCUCACAUUAGUGCUAUUUUUAGACUUUCGGAUUGACUUGGUGAAUCUGGCCUCCUUUUCAACAGAUCAUAUUAAUGAACUGCAGAUGGGUCCAUAAUUGAUUUCUCUCAAUCGCGAUUUAUUUCGCAUGCAGGCAAAUGUCCUCAAUGUCUCCUUGGGGAAUAGUCACCUAGUUUUUAAAACCCCCGCUCUGUCUGGGAACAGGUUUUCCCUUUGGCUUGGACAUCAGAGGAGAGACUAUUCUAGAUGAAUUCAGUGAAGCGCUUGGAUGCACGCUCAGCAUCCCUGGCGGUUGUGUUGGGCGUUUGGAAUCCGGGCGGUUUGCAUUCAGUUACACGGACCUAUCAGCCUGGCCGAUGGGGCAAGGGCUGCAUUACUGGAUGACAUUUAGGAACAUUUCUCCCACCUAUUAACGUACUCACGAGCUCCAUUAUUCUAGCAGUCUGCUCAAGUGAUUCCUCUCCUCCCCUGGCCACACCUGGAAGUAUUGCCUUACGUCUGGGUCUCCGAAGGCACCUUUAUUUUAUGUUCAACAGACUUUUCCUUAAGAGGCUUUCAUUUCCCCCUUUGGCUCCAUGUGAGAUGCGGGACCAGUUUACUCAGGGUGACCAGGCGCUGGCAGGGGGUCAGGGGGUUAGCGUUGUGUUCUCAUAUAAAAUAAUGGGAGCGUGAGUUUGCAUGCAACAGUGCAAGGAGCUGUCCGUCCACACUGUGGGGAGCCACAGAUGAUGAUGACAAAAGUCGCUGCCGGGUCAGGCUGGGCGUUUACUCACCUGACUGACACAGAGAACCAAAGGGAGUGAUGGAAAGAGAAGACAAGACUUCACCCAUGUUCACACUCCAAACAAACAUCUGUCUGUUUUCUGGUGAGUUACUCACUCAGGUUGGAUGGAUCUAAAUCUCGCCAAUCAGACAGCUGGAUUUAUGCCCCUGAUAUCCAGCUUGGUGCUUUAUCCAGGAUGCCCACUUUUUGUCUGGAGUAAGGGUCUCACUGUCACCCAGGAGGCACAUAGUCACAUCCAUUCCCCAUCGGAUGCUUGGUACCAGGAGACAAUUUAUGUGUUUAUCUGGAUAAACGUGUAAUUUGAAAGCUGAAGCUUCUGUAUAAAACAUCGUAACUUCAUUUUCAGGUCCGACAACUUUUACUGUAUUAUUAUCUGCCCUUUGGGUUAUUUGGGCUUCUAUUCAUCAUGGAAAUAAGAGAGUUGCCUUUUUUAUAUUAAAGUAUAACUGACAUACGACGUCAUUUUAGUUUCAGGUGUAGAGCAUAGUGAUUUGAUAUUUGUAUGUGUUGCGAAAUGAUCACCACAGUAAGGCUAGUCAACA